UGCCAGAAUGGCCAGGUGGAGUAUGUGUCGCAGGCCUGUGGUGCUGCCUCUGUCCUGGACAGAAGAGCUGACAACGUCUGCUGUUCGCUGUGGCAGCAGUAUGCCGAUGGUCAGGCAGCCGUACUCGGAAAGCAGCAGCGUCCUAAGAUCUUUUGAUGAGAUUCCCGGACUGUGGAAGAAUGGGGCUGCUAAUUUGUACAACUUCUUUAAACUGGAUGGCUUCAGAAAUGUUCACCACAUCAUGUUGCAGAACUUCAACACUUUCGGACCCAUUUACAGGCAAGAUGAUUUUCAUACAAUUAAGAUGUUACAGUCCAAAUGUUUGCACUAACUUAUGUUGUACUGCAUAUCCUAUGUAGGAGACAAAACUGAGUUUGAAUUAUGUAACUAGUUUUUUGACGUGGACACCAUUUCUGGGCUAAUAUAAAUAUUUGUAUUCGUGUACAAUAUCUCAUUGUCCAAGGUCAGGUUUUCUAAAAAUGCAGUUAAUAUGGCUCCUAAUUUAACCUCCCUUUUACACUUUCCAUAUGACAGAGAAAAAAUUGGUUAUUAUGAAAGUGUGAAUAUCAUCAAUCCGGAGGAUGCUGCAAUCUUGUUCAAAGCAGAGGGCCAUUAUCCAAAAAGGCUGAAGGUUGAACCCUGGACAUCAUACAGAGACUACAGGAAUCAAACAUACGGAGUUUUGCUCAAGAAUGGAGAAGACUGGAAAUCAAACCGGGUGAUACUGAACAAAGAGGUGAUUGCCCCCAAGGUGCAGGAAAACUUUGUGCCAUUGCUGGAUGAAGUGGGUCAAGAUUUUGUGGCCAGAGUUUACAAAAAGAUAGCGCGAAGUGGACAAAACAAAUGGACUACUGACCUGUCUCACGAACUCUUCAAAUACGCCUUAGAAUCCGUGAGCUCAGUGCUGUAUGGUGAGAGACUGGGCUUGUUGCUGGACUACAUUGACCCCGAUGCGCAGCAUUUCAUUGACUGCAUCACCGUUAUGUUCAAGACGACUUUGCCCAUGCUGUACAUACCUCCGCGGCUGCUGAGGCUAUGUGGUGCUAAGGUGUGGCGGGACCAUGUGGAGGCUUGGGACGGCAUCUUCAGUCAAGCGGACCACUGCAUUCAGAACAUCUACAGGAAGCUCCGCCAGGAGACGGGUUCUUCAAAGAAAUACCCAGGAGUCCUAGCUAGCCUUCUCAUGCUGGAUAAGCUAUCCAUUGAAGACAUCAAGGCCAGUGUCACUGAGCUAAUGGCUGGAGGAGUUGAUACAACCUCAGUAACAUUGUUGUGGACGUUGUAUGAAUUGGCCAAACAUCCCAGCCUCCAGGAGGAGCUGAGGGCAGAGGUAGCUAUUGCCCGCACUGAAAGCCACGGGAACAUGAUGGAGAUGCUGAAGCGGGUUCCCUUGGUCAAAGGAGCUCUGAAGGAAACACUGAGGUUGCAUCCAGUUGCAGUGAGCGUGCAAAGAUACACAACAGAAGAUAUUAUUAUUCAAAACUACCAUAUCCCAUCUGGGACUCUGGUCCAGUUAGGACUGUAUGCAAUGGGAAGAGACCCCAGGGUGUUUUCCCGUCCAGAACAGUACCAGCCUUCUCGAUGGUUGCGGACAGAGAACCAAUAUUUCAGGAGCCUGGGCUUUGGAUUUGGCCCACGUCAGUGUUUAGGGCGCAGGAUAGCUGAGACGGAGAUGCAGAUCUUCCUAAUCCAUAUGCUUGAGAACUUCAGAGUGGAGAAACAGCGUCACGUGGAAGUGCAGAGCACAUUUGAGCUCAUUAUCCUACCAGAGAAGCCCAUUAUUUUGACUUUGAAGCCCCUACAAAAGUAGCCAGUGACACUGUUUCAGAGGACACGAUUGCAUGUGUUAA